CGUGAAGCGAAGACCUACUUUCCAAGGCCCACGAGUCAAAUAAUCUACUCACAUCGUUCUGUGAUUGAAGCCCGAGUGUUCCCCUUGAAUAUGCCCCUCCCGGAGAUCAUUACACUACAAAGCGACGUCUUGCGUGUCAAUGUCUACGUUGAUGAUCAAGGAUCUGCUUCCCUGCAGGAAGUGAUUCCCUUGUCCGGUUCUUCUCGACCGUCGGUCUCUAAAUACUUCGCUAAUUCCUACACACCGCUGGUGGAGGUGCGACUGGCGGGGGAAGGCACUGCAAAGCAUAAAUCAUCCAAGUCUCUGAUAGGCACAUACGUGGGGACCCGACUGCGCUACCAAUCGCAUGAGAUUAGGCAGCAAGCGGGCACCCAUACUCUGGACAUCACAUUGAAAGACUCUGUUUCUAUAGUGACAGUCAUUGCGCACCUCACAGUCUACCAGAACACCAAUGUACUCCGUGCGACAAGUACAAUCCGAAAUGAUAGUGAUAAAGAUAUUGUGGUGACACAACUGACCUCUUUGGUCCUGGGUGGGCUCACCAUUGGCGCUGAAAAAUGGUGGUCCGACUACAUUCUCGCAGUUCCCAAUAAUUCAUGGUUCCGGGAGGCACAAUGGAUUGAUUACGAUCUACCCAGUUUGGGUAUAGAUGAUUACGGCGUGUAUGGGCGUCCUGAGGGACAUGCAGCCAGCUUAGGCCACUAUUCGGUUUCCAACCGAGGGACCUUCUCAACAGAGGGCCAUUUGCCUAUGGGCCUUCUGAAGCGCACAGACAAUGCUGAGACAUGGCUUUGGCAAGUGGAAAACAAUGGCUCCUGGCGCUGGGAAGUCGGUGACUGGAAAGACUGUGUCUAUCUGGCUGCUGGCGGCCCGAUCGAGACCGACCAUGAUUGGAGACAAACGCUCUCCCCGGGACAGGCGUUCACCACCGUGCCUGUGGCUUUAUGCCAUGUCCUGGGGAACUACGAACAUGCAUUUGCGGAGAUGACCCGCUACCGGCGACAGAUGCGACGGAAACACCAGGAUCAUGAGCGGUUGCCUAUUAUCUUUAAUGAUUAUAUGAAUUGUCUUAUGGGUGACCCCACUGACGAGAAGAUCCUGGCACUCGUCGACCCCGUACUGCGAACCGGGGCUGAAUACUUUGUUAUUGACGCUGGUUGGUAUGCAGAUGAUUCCGGCUGGUGGGAUGACGUUGGGUUGUGGGAACCGUCGAAGAAGCGUUUUCCGAUGGGAUUCCGGGAACUACUUUUGCACUUGAAAACCAAAGGCCUCAUUCCAGGCCUCUGGAUCGAGCCGGAAGUAAUUGGAGUACGCAGCGUUGUUACCAAACAGCUACCAUAUGAAGCGUUCUUUCAACGAAAUGGCCAGCGCAUCGUUGAAAAAGGGCGUUACCAGCUAGACUAUCGCCACGCAGCCGUCCGAGAACACAUGCAUGCUGUUAUCCACCGGCUAGUCACCGAAUAUGGUGUAGGCUAUUUUAAAUUCGACUAUAACAUCGAAGUCACCCAAGGUACCGACAUCAAAUCUUCAAGUCCAGGGUCUGGUCAAUUAGAUCACAAUCGGGCGUACCUGCACUGGGUAAGUGAGCUGCAUGACCGGUAUCCUGGCUUGGUAAUUGAAAACUGCUCGAGCGGCGCGCAGAGAAUGGAUUAUGCUAUGUUGGCUGUCCAUGCCUUGCAGUCAACUAGCGACCAACAAGAUCCCGAUCGUUACGCAGCAAUUGCUGCCGCUCUUCCAACAGCUGUUACCCCCGAGCAAGGUGCCACCUGGGCAUACCCUCAGCCGGAGUGGGAUGACGAGACGAAUGCGAUGACGGUGGUUAAUAGUCUUCUCGGCCGCAUACAUCUAAGCGGACGCUUAGACCAACUUACGCCGCACCAGUCUGCGCUUAUCAAGCAAGGUAUGGAUGUAUACCGUACAAUUCGCGCCGACUUGGCCACGGCUACUGCUUUCUGGCCUCUCGGUCUUCCUCACUGGCAUGAUGAAUGGGUCGCAUUAGGGAUGGAGGUGCAUAUGCCUGACAAUCGUGAUUUGGGCGUCCGCUAUUUAGCUGUCUGGAGACGAGGAGGUCUAGAUUCCGUUGAGCUGCCUAUUCCUGCUCUCCGUGGGCGUCCUGUCAAGGCAGAACUGCUUUAUCCCUCUACCUUUCCAUGUGAGAUAUCAUGGGAGCUUGCGCAGGGAAUACUACACAUCCGGACUCCCUCGAAGCUCUCGGCUCGCCUGCUGAAGCUCACUAGUAGAGAUGUUUAG